GCGAGCGGUAGCAUCGGAGCCGAGUGGAGCUGGUCAGGAUGAUCACGGACGUGCAGCUCGCCAUCUUUGCCAACAUGCUGCGCGUGUCGCUUUUCUUGCUUGUGGUUCUCUAUCACUACGUGGCAGUCAACAAUCCCAAGAAGCAGGAAUGAAAAUAGCGCUUUCUCCGCCCCAGGGUUCCAGGACAUAGUCUGAGGCAAGAUGGAGGGUGUGAGGGGCCUUCACACUUCACUGCAUCCCUCCUACCCAUCACAGCAUACAAAGCAACUACACCUGGAUUUUUCCAAACAACUUUUAUUUCCUCAAAGUCUUCCUUAAUCCUAUGGAACAAGAAGCUGCCACUGAAUAGGGCCCAGUAUAGGGGCUGCUUUCUUUUCUAUUCCCUCCCCCCAAUACAAAAAUAUAGAUAUAAAA